GUUUUUAUUGAGAUUUUGUGAGUAAUAUUUCGUUGUUUCUCAAAAAUCAGGCUUCUUGUGAUUAAUUUUGGGAAGAAUUCAGCAAAAAAAAAAGGCUUUUUCAAAGUGACGAUUUCAGAAGCAAUGAAUAAGCCUAUGACGCAUUCUAACUUGUAUUCACCUUCUGGCACAAAAUAUGGCCAAUACCUAGCAUCUCCAAGGAAAAUGCCUGCCAUAUUUGAUAGGUCUAACUCAUGGCUAGAUGCCAUGCAGUGCUCAUCUCCUACUCACAAUGAUACAGAUGAUGGUUACUCUAAUUGGAUGCUUAGGUACCCAUCUGCACUUGCUUCAUUUGAGCAUAUAAUAAACCAUGCAGAAGGAAAAAGAAUAGCAUUGUUUCUCGACUAUGAUGGGACACUUUCCCCAAUUGUCGACAACCCAGAUUCUGCUGUCAUGUCCCCUGCUAUGCGGGCUGCUGUGAAAGAUGUGGCACAGUAUUUUCCAACAGCGAUAAUCAGUGGGAGAAGCCGUGAUAAGGUGUAUGAAUUUGUUGGUCUAACUGAACUCUAUUAUGCGGGUAGUCAUGGAAUGGAUAUUAUGGGUCCCAUUCGAUCUGUUUCGAAUGAACACCCAAAUUGUACUAGGUCCACUGACCAACAGGGUAACAAAGUUAAUCUAUUCCAGCCUGCUAGUGAAUUCUUGCCUAUGAUUGAUGAGGUUUCUAAAGCGCUUCAUGAGAUUGCCAAAGAAGUAAAGGGAGCAAAAGUAGAGCAUAAUAAGUUUUGCGUUUCUGUACACUAUCGUAAUGUGGAUGAAAAGAACUGGAAUAUAAUUGGCCAACAAGUGAAGGAACUGUUGAAAGGUUAUCCUAGUCUUCGAUUAACACAUGGAAGAAAGGUAUUAGAGGUUCGGCCCGUUCUUAAUUGGGAUAAGGGGAAAGCCGUUGAGUUCUUACUGGAAUCACUUGGCCUAAGCAAUUGUAAUGAUGUGGUUCCCAUUUAUGUUGGAGAUGACCGGACAGAUGAAGAUGCAUUUAAGAUUCUGAGAGAUGGAAAUUAUGGUUUUGGAAUCUUAGUGUCUUCUGCACCCAAGGAAAGCAAUGCAUUUUACUCUCUUAGGGACCCAUCAGAGGUUAUGGAGUUCUUGAAGUGGCUGGUUGUGUGGAAGAAGUCAACAGGUGGAGUUUUAGAUAUUUAGAAGAAGAAGAAGAGAUGAUGACUACAUACAUACAGGGUACAGGAAACAACAUAUAACUUGCUUUCUUUAUUGGGGGAAAGGAAAAGGGUUUAUUAAAUAUCCUUUUCAGGUUUCUUCACCCAUUUCUUAAGCUCUUCUAUCAAAAUAAAAUAAGUCCUGCCUGCCCUUUGUGAUCCUCAUUUUUUUUGGGUUUUAAAGAGGGGGGAAUGAUAUAUCAUACUUACUUACAUAUAUAUAUAUACAUAUAAUACAAACAGCAGAUUUGUUCAUUUUAUUUUAUUUUUUUGUAAUUUGAGAACCAUAACAAAUAGUACUAGCACUAUUUCUAAUGAAUGGUUUGUUCAUGUUCAAAAUUUCUGAA